GUAAACAGUCAGUCUCCCGCGGUCGGUGACAAGAAGCGCGCGACGCCGCUCUCCGCUACAGUCGCGGAUCGCGAAAUGAUCGAAUAAUGUCUCGAGUAUCAGCGUUCAAAACCGUAUUCUGAAGUGACCAUGACUAAAUACAAGCUGAAUAACACCGUGAGGUCUUCCUCUGAAGUCACUCUAACUUCUUACCUAACUGGAAGCAUGGAUAAAACUGAUGAGAAACUGCAGAUAGAUUUGGACUCUCAAAAUGAGAAUAGGAACGGUGAGGCGAAUAGGAACUUGAAAUGUCACGUUUGUCCGCAUUCGUGUCAGUUUUUGGAGCAAUCCGGGAAAUUAUCGGAGUGUUUGACGAAACGGGAGUGCGACAGGUUCGGUCUGAACGAACUGAAGGUGGAGGGUUUGGAAAGGAAUGUUUGUCUUUGCGAGAAGUACAAUGGGGGGUGUAAAUUGUGUCCCAAGUUGUCGCCGGCUUUAAGCGUGGGGCUGGACGGCAAGGAGUCCUGUCUGGCGUGCCACGGGAACAACGGGAGCACAUUUUUGAAUUCGAACAGCACCUACCCCAGCGUGUUCCCCGGCAAAGAUGGCAGCGAUACCAGUAGCAAGUCCAGCAGUUGGAGACGAGACGCCGCCAGGAAAGCCAGGGCUUGCUGCUCAGCCAAGACCCUGAAGAGAAGGGUCCCCAUCGUGUCCUGGCUGCCCAAGUAUUCUGUAAGAAACGGACUGGCGGAUGCGAUAGCUGGCAUCACAGUGGGCCUGACCGUGAUCCCCCAGGCCAUCGCGUACGCCGGCGUGGCGGGGCUGCCUCCGCAGUAUGGAUUAUAUUCCUCCUUCAUGGCCUGCUUUGUCUACACAGUCUUCGGGUCCGUAAAGGACUCAGCCAUAGGGCCUACUGCCAUAGCGGCGAUCCUCACGAGGGAAAACCUUCACGGCCUGGGACCAGAGUUCGCCGUGCUGUUGGCCUUCCUCUCCGGCUGCGUCGAGCUCAUCAUGGGCAUCUUACAAUUAGGGUUCCUGAUAGACUUCAUUAGCGGGCCGGUGUCUGUGGGCUUCACGUCUGCUGCAGCCAUCAUCAUCGCCACCACCCAGGUCAAGGAUAUCCUGGGGCUCAGCUUCCCUGGUGGCAAGUUCUUGCAGGUGUGGACUGGUAUGUACGAGCACAUUGGCGAGACGAGACUGUGGGAUACCGUGCUCGGCAUUUCCUGCAUUAUCGUGCUUCUGCUGCUUAGGAAAGUAAAAGAUAUAAAAGUGCGCAACAAAGCGGACGAGGCGUCGGAAGGGCGCAGCUGGCGCGACGUGGCUGCGCACGCGCUGUGGUUCCUCUCCACCACGAGGAACAUCACCGUGGUGCUGGUCUGCGCAGCGCUGGCCUACUACUUUGACACGCAGAAGCAGGCGCCAUUCGUGUUGACAGGUGACGUGAAGCCAGGGUUGCCGCAGCUGGCGCCGCCGCCGCUCUCGGCCACGGUGGGCAACCACACCUACACCUUCAUGGAGAUGACCUCGACCCUGGGCUCGGCCAUCUUCGUGGUGCCACUGUUGUCCAUCCUGGAGAACAUUGCGCUGGCUAAAGUGUUCUCGGAAGGCAAGUACGUGGACGCCACUCAAGAAAUGCUGGCUUUAGGGGUCUGCAACAUCGCAUCUUCGCUGGUGGACUCCAUGCCGGUGUCCGGGGCGCUGUCCCGGGGCGCCGUCAACCACGCGUCCGGGGUCGCCACCACCGCCGGCGGGCUGUACACGGGAGCCCUAGUUCUUCUAUCUUUGCAGUACUUCACGCCAUACUUCUUCUACAUACCGAAGGCGUCGUUGGCUGCUGUCAUUAUUGCUGCCGUGGUCUUCAUGAUGGAGUUACACGUCUUCAAGCCCAUCUGGAGGACCAAAAAACUGGACAUAAUCCCAGCAGUGGUUACCUUCGGCGCGUGUCUCCUGACCAGACUGGAGCUGGGGAUAGUGAUAGGCAUCGCCGUCAACCUGGUGUUCCUCCUGUAUGCCUCAGCCAGGCCCUGCGUCAAGGUCACUCAUGCCGUGUCAUCAGACGGCAUCUCGUACCUGGUGGCGACUGUGGACCGCGCUCUGGCGUUCCCCUCAGCGGAGUUCGUGCGCCGCGCGCUGCGCAAGGCGGCCGACCGCGAAGACGCGCCGCUGGUCAUAGACGCCACGCAUGUUCAGGCCGCCGACUUCACUGCUGCUAAGGGCAUCAAAUCCCUGAUCGAGGAGUUCCACACGCGAGGCCAGACCCUGAUCUUCUACAACGUGAAGCCGUCGCUGGCGGACGUGAUCCAGGGCGUGCGCCCGCGCGAGUUCCUGCACUGCGCCUCCCGCGCCGACCUCGACCGGCUGCUGCGGCAUGCCGACCAGCGGCACAAGCUGCCUUCCAUCGCGUAGCAAGGGAUAGCGCAGAGCAGGGAAGCGGACGACACAGAGUUGUGAAGCAGAAGACGUAGACCAGUGAAUUGGACGGCAGCAGUGAAGAGAACACAGUAUUUAUUGCUUGUAUAUGUAUAUAUCGGACAGACGUAUCGAAUUACUAUUUAUAUGUAGGUUAAGUUAGCGUUACAGGUUGUCUGACAUCAUUGAGUAAUAAAGUUUCGAAUUUGUU